AUGAUGCUUUGGGCAUGGCUCCUUUUUGUCGUCGCCCUGAGCACACAUGUGUAUGCACAGGUGCGUGGUGUUGCGCCGAAAGAUGCACACCUCUACGAGCCCCAAAAUGCAUCAGGUUAUAAAGAGCCCAUGUUUCGGUGUCUCCGCUCCGGCAAACUCAUUCCUUUCAUAAAUGUGAAUGAUGACUAUUGCGAUUGCGAAGACGGCACAGAUGAGCCCGGCACAUCGGCGUGCUCUAAUGGACGCUUUUACUGUGAAAACAAGGGUCAUUUUCCACGGUACAUUCGAAGCUCUCGCGUAAACGACGGCGUUUGUGAUCCCGAAUGCUGUGACGGCUCUGAUGAGACGGAUGGGAAAAUCCAGUGUCCAAACGUAUGCGAAAAGAACCAUAAAGAAUAUAAGCGUCGAAUGGCGCAAGAGGAAAAGGUGCAUACGGCAGGCUCACGCGUCCGGGCCAAAUACAUUGCCAAAGCGCGCUCGGAUCGCCAGGCUCGCAUGAACAAAUUGCAGUCGCUCAAGGCAAAGCUACCUGAACUGAUUCUAGCAGAAGACUCUCUACGCAGCGCGAAGGAGAAUUCACAGUCCGCUGAAGAGCUCGUGCAAGAGCAAAAGCGCCAGAACCCACUCUAUAAAAAGUUGGAAGAACGGCAUCGUGCGCUAGACACACUUCUUUCAGCUACAGAGAGUGCUUUGGAUGAGUUGCGUGUUGUCGCGCGCUUUAUAGAGCGUCUGGACAAGGACCAUGCUGUCGAAUCAAUUGAGCGCGCCAAGGAGUCAUUUGAGACAUGGCUGGGCACGAAUGAUGAUGAUGAUGCCAUUCAAAGCAUCGAGGACCGUAUUCGAACAAUUCGUGAGGAAGCGCCGUCUCGUGAUGAAAUUCGUGCCCUCUCGCAGGAAAGUAUUUAUGACAUGCUCGAUUAUAUGCCAGACGAUGACGACGCUUUGGACGCAUCUUCUAUGUUGUACCAUAUCCCAUCUUAUCUUCCGGAUGCGCUCAUUCCUCUGUACGAGCGAGCUCUGUCGUGGAUAUCUCGAACUCUAGUUCAUCUGAACCUGAUCAAGCCAUCUCGAGUCCGCUCAAGCGCUUGGCAGAAAGACGGCCUGCAGGCUGCCCACGACAAACACAGAGAGAGUGAAGAGGCGCUUGAUAAUCUCAAGCAAGAAAUACAAAUGGAAGAAGAAGCUCUGAACCAAUGGGACGACAAAUAUGGCCGGGAGGGCGAGUUUUUCUCGUUGCAGGGCAAAUGCGUGACUAGCGACAUGGGAUCGUACACGUAUGAAUUGUGCUUUGGAGAAAAGACAGCACAGAUUUCCAACAAUGAUGGAUACCGCUUCAAUCUUGGCUACUUUAAGCACUUCGACAUGGACCAACAGUACGACAGGUCAGAUGACCGGCACUAUUUGUCCAUGCUGUUUGACGACGGACAAGUGUGCUGGAACGGCCCACCACGAAGUUCGCGCAUUACACUCGAGUGUGGUGAGGAAGAAGCACUUCUUCACGUGUUUGAAGCUGAAAAGUGCACCUAUCAGAUGCACGUCAAGACGCCAGCCGUGUGCUUUGAUCGCAAAAAGACAGACAAUGAGGCGGCGGUGAAUCAUGAUGAGCUGUAG